UAUUUCCGCACUGCCUGGGGCCAAAGGGAGAAGUGACAUGCGAGUUUCACCGCCUUAUUUACUCAGUACUGUCUGGGAGCUAUGAUGGUUGCACCACGGUCUCACAUGUAUCUCGGAAUACCUUUACGACGGCGGAUUACCUAUGAAACCCAACGAGUGUCCAAAUCGCCUUGCCGUUGGAAUGGACACUAAAAAGGAACCGAUUGACGAAUUUUACGAAAUAGGCGAAGAUUUGGGCAGUGGUCAGUUUGCGGUAGUGAAAAGAUGUCGUCACUUAGCCACCGGGAAGGAGUACGCUGGCAAGUUUAUUCGCAAACGCCGUGGUGGAGGAAGGAAAGGCGCAAGGAUCGAGGACAUUCAGAAAGAGAUCGAGAUACUGCGUCAAAUGAAACACCCAAAUGUCAUCAGUCUGUUUGAGGUGUUUGAAACAGCUGAUAAUGUCAUCCUAAUCCUUGAACUGGUGUCAGGAGGAGAGCUGUUUGAUUAUGUGUCAGAACGGGAUAAGCUCAGUGAGGAGGAGGCUUCAGCCUUUAUCAAGCAGAUCCUGGAAGGCCUUAAGCACCUGCAUGACCAGAGCAUUGCCCACCUGGACCUUAAGCCUGAAAAUGUGAUGCUACUUAACAAAAACAGCACAAACAUCAAACUAAUUGAUUUUGGAAUAUCACAAAGGAUUCGGAAUGGUGAUGAUGUGCGAGCCAUGUUGGGAACACCAGAAUUUGUGGCCCCAGAAGUUAUCAACUAUGAGCCGUUGUCCCUGGCAACAGACAUGUGGAGUAUCGGUGUCAUUACAUACAUCUUAUUGAGCGGAGCUUCGCCAUUUCUUGGGGAUGACAAACAAGAGACUUACCAGAACAUAACUGCUGUAGAUUAUUUCUUCGAUGAAGAGUUCUUUGUGGGAACAAGUGAUCUGGCCAAAGACUUCAUCAGCAAACUCUUUGUGAAGGAUCCGAGGAAGAGGUACAAGGUUGAAGACUGUCUUCAACACCCCUGGAUUAAGCCUAAACUGAAGGUGGAAGAGGAGGUGCGAAAGUCAUCUCUCAUCAACAUUGAGCACUUCAAGAAAUUCCAGGCCAGGAGGCGAUGGAAGCAAUCCAUGAAAGUGGUCUCCCUUUGUAACAGACUCUCCAGAAGUAUUUUGUUGCGUCGGAGCUGUGAUAUAUUGGGCAGCCGAAACAGCAGCACAGGAGGUGGAGGAGAGGAUGAUAAUUUUGUGAUGACAGCAUUAUUCUGUGCAGCAGAGGAAGGCAAUUUGAAUGGCAUCACAGAAUUAUUGACAGAGGCAAAUAACUUUGAUAUCAACCAAUCAAACAGGCAUGGGGAGACAGCUGUUCACAUGGCGGCCAGUGGAGGACACGUGGAAGUGUUAAAGUGUCUACAAGCAAGAGGGAUCAAUUUAAACAUGCUCGAUAAGCAUGGUGACAAUGCUCUAUAUUGGGCAGCUAGACAGGGGCACAUUGGGGCUCUGCAAUUCCUCUUGGAACAGGGAGUUGAAAUUAACACACAAAACAAGUGGAGAGGCGGCGGUUCAUGUGCGGCACGCUAUGGUUUCAGCCAGGUCGUGGAGUACCUGUGCUCUCAGGGAGCCGAUGUGGACCUACAGGAUAGUUUGGGUGAGACUGCCCUUCAUAGUGCUGCCUGGCAUGGCUUUGUGCCCAUCAUGUCUGCUCUCUGUGAGGCUGGCGCCGCCCUGGACAAGAAAAACAACGAAGGGGAGACGGUAUUGCACUGUGCAGCAGUCCGGGGUAAUCUGGAUUGUGUAAAGGUGUUGCUAGAUCACAACACACCUCUCAAUGAAGUGGAUAAGAGAGGAAGUACAGCCCUACACCUGGCCUGUCGUCGGCACCAUACCUCCAUAGCCCUGCUACUCCUCCACGCAGGCUGUGAGAUGGACACUCUUGAUCAAGAUGGAGAAAGUGCACUUCACGCUGCAGCCUCUGAAGGCCUGCUAACUGUGGUACAGACCAUGUGCGCGUUUGGCUGUCGUGUAGAUAUAGCCUGUCAGGGUUUCACAACACCGCUGCACUAUGCCAGUCGUGCAGGCCAUACAGAAAUCGUGAGGUGUCUACUGUUAUCAGGGGCCAACCCAGACCUAAAAAACAGGGAUGGGGUAACUGCUGAGGUCAUGGCACUGGCGCAGGGAUAUAAAGAUAUUUCUGAACUCUUGAGCAAAGUCAAAGCAGAUCGGCGGGAAAAUUUCAUCCAGCAGCUUCUACCAGCCACAAAGCCAUUGUCAUGCAUCAAGUUAAAGGUGAUGGGGUCGACGGGAGUUGGCAAAUCUACGCUGAUAGAGAGCAUGAAGUGUGGCUUGUUAAGUAGCUUCUUCAGGCGCAGUAGGUCCAACACCAAUAAUACAACAGCGUCUCACAGAGUUAAGAGUAAGAUAUCUCGUCAGUUUAGUUUACCCACACCACUGAACUACUCCCUGGGCAACACAAACUAUACCAAAGGUGUGGACAUCCAGCAAGUCAACAUUUCAGGCCUUGGGGAGAUGAGCGUGUGGGAUUUCUCAGGUUACCAGCCUUACUACAUGCUGUACGACCACUUCCUGGGGGAUGUCAACUGUAUCCACACAGUAGUUUUCAGCCUGGCUGACCCUGCAGACGAGCAGAUGGCUCAGGUCAUGUUCUGGUUAAACUUCAUCAAGGCUAGGAUACCACCCCAGGAGCCACUAGGGUAUUGUGGGCGGCUUCCUAACUUCCCCAAGGUGAUCCUAGUGGCGACCCACGCUGAUCGGGCAGGGUGCGUGAAGAAUUCCCGUGGGGAGUACGCCAGUAAGGAGGGCAGUCACAUCCUCUCCAGGGUCAAGGACAUCUUCAUGGCUGACCUUGACAUCUCCGAUCGUCUGUUUGUUGUGGAUGCACAAGCUGCCUCAACAGCUGAAAUCAAAGCUCUCAAACUUCACAUAGCUGAUCUCAAGAGUGGAAUCAUUAAGUCCCUUGAGAAAGGGAAUGGCUUUUUGGAUGCCAUGCUUGCUCAGCUGCCAUCAUGGAGGAGGUCAUCCUCAUCAUUUCCUGUGUUGUCAUGGCAACGGUUUGUGGAUUACGUCCGAGCAAAGGUCAACCCCUUAGCAGGAGAGGACCAUCUGAAGCUGCUGAUACAACAAUUACAACUUACAGGAGAGGUGGUAUACCUGGAAAGUGAGGUUGUACAGGAUCUGGUGGUUCUCCAUCCUAAGUGGCUGUGUAAUGAGAUCAUCGGGAACCUCCUGUCCCACGAGAAGAUCAUCACGUCGCGGAUCACUGGCUGCUUCACGGUUGACGACUUCCAGCUCAUGUACCCGGAGACAGAUGCGUUGGACUUGCUACAGGUGCUAGAGGCACUCGAGAUCUGCACACAGUGUGACAAUGAUGGUGAAAUAGAGUAUGAAUUCCCCUGUUUGAAUUUCGUGGAGACAAUACGAGGAUUGUGGGAGAGAGACCCUAAAUUUGGUGAAAAUACUGUGUACAGUGGUGUGAGGAUUAAAACCCCACGCAGCAUCACUGGCCAACUCAAACACGUGUUUCCACGGAUACAGGUGCAACUGCGACGAACGAUAUUACAAGACAGCGAUGACCCAGACAGUGACCUUUAUCAGUGGCAUCAUGGGUCCAAAUUUUGUUGCGGGUUGUUAGAAGGACUGCUAAAUAUGGACAAGCAGGAAGAAUUUUUAGAACUUAAAGUGCGAGGGGUAGAGGAAUCCAGGACUAAUGCUUUUUAUUUUCUGGAGGAUUUGAUAAACAUCGUGGAGCAGGUGAUUGUAGAGAUGUGUCCAGGGCUGUGUAUAGAACGGCAUGUGCUCAGUGUGGCUCAGUUACAGGAGCACCAGAAGCACAUUGAGGCCUACCUGCCCAGAGAACUCUUCUUAAUGGAGGUGAGAAAGGAGUGCGAGGUGUGCCUGCUGGACGGGCCACUGGAGCAGUUCAUAGACCUGGUGUGUCUGGGUUCGGAGGAGGUAUUCAGCAGUCUGACACUCGGCGUAGACUUGCACGUCUCUCAUCUAACAAUCCACACGCGCCGCCAGCUGUCACGCCUCCUCGACCCCCCAGAUCCAAUGGGGCGUGACUGGUGUCUACUGGCCGUUGUUCUGGGCCUCUCCACCAUACUCCCAAAUCUCGACAAUGCCACCAACAUGGCAGAGAGCAAAACGGACAAAGUGCUGGAGGAGUGGGCCAAAGAUCAGUCGAGUACGAUCGGCCUCCUUCUGGUGAAGUUGCGAGAGCUGAAUCGUGGAGAUGCUGUGGAAGUGUUGCUCAACACUGGCCCUGUAUUUAAAGUGUUUAUCUAUGAGGAGCAGAGCACUGAUGAAAAUCACGUGCCUCCUGCAAACACUGCCUCGACGAACACAUUGUCAAACCUUUCACGGUGAUGCUUAGCCAGUGUAUCUGACAAAGACUGGUCUAUUAAAGACAAAGCUUACGGUUAUUAACAGUAUGGAUUUAUUGAGUCUUGGAGAAUAGAGCUUCUAGAGGGAGCCUUAGAAGUGCAUGUACAUAUAUUCAUAUUGCUUUCUGUACAGACAUAUUUCUAUAGGGUUCUCAACAACUUCAUGGGUUAUAGUUAAGUGGACAAAAUACAGGAACAUAAAUCUUUGUAUUUUCUUUUCCAACCAUGCCAAUCAUCCCAGAGUUCAACAGAAGUUGAUUAAAUAGAAUGGAUAUAGGACAUAGAAACAGCAGUUUCUACCUUUUAGCCCAUCUGUACAAAAAUAUCCACUGAUAACUUCAUCAGAGGUUUAUUUCUGUGAUGUGAGCAUUUUGUUGUAUUUAGUAUACUGGAAUGAAAUUUUGCCAUGAUUUUGACCAUGCUGUAAGCAUAUAUUCUACACUGUUUUGUUAAGUCUCUUCUCUGUUUCUUGCCAGGUACAUGUGUAUGCACUUGUAAAUAAUGUACAACUCUUACACUUUUAUUCAUUUAUUUGUUACAUGUGGAAUGUCUUUUAAAGGUCUGAUCUUUUCAGUUGUGCGGUAUAUAAAAACGGUCAGAAAGUGGCCAUAUAUUGUGUGGAUGAUCUGGAUUUCUUCUGUCUUUUAUGUUGGAAUUUUUAUUUUGGCUAGUUCCCCUGGGCUCUGCCUAGUUUCCACUCACCAUAAUGUUGGCUGCAGUCGUAUAAGUGAAAUAUUCUUCAGUAUGGCAUAAAAUACCAAUCAAAUAAAUAAAUAAAUAAAUAAUUUUGUCUUGAUUUCUUGACAAACACUUUUUUGGCAUGAAAGGGCAACUUAUCACAAACACGUGCAUAUUCAUGAAAUACUGUUAGGAACUUUCAGUGAUAACUUCGUGUACAGGCACAUUAUUUUCAAACACUUGUACAUGAAGGAUAUGCUUAGCAGCAAGCAUUGAUCUUUCAGAAAUUAUAUAGACUGAUGUAGAAUCUUAAAUUAGAUCUGUUGUGUGAUUGGCAAAAAUUCUGCCUUGAAACACAUGCAGCCUGAUUUACAUGUGGAGCAAAAUAAAAUCUUUCUUAUAUUUGCAUUAUUCUAAUAUUUUGCAGAGAAACCAUAGGGGGCAAUAAUCUCUUAGCAGUGUGAGCAUGAGUAUGAUCUGCCCAGCAGCUGCAGUCAGUGCAUGUAUUUUUCAUCUGAUCAUUGUGAUCUUCCCAAUUCAAGAUUACCACAUCAUCACAUUUUUGCUUACAACUGUAUCUUCACUACCAUGAGUGUCAGCUGACUUUUCUUGGGUACAUGUCCUCUUCACAUUAUCCCAUCUGAUAGUUUUUCACUGAUGCACAGUAAGAAGAGGUUUAUGGCAUUCUUGAUCAAUACUUCACGAAGUAAAUUACACAAAAAAUCCUGUCACAGUACAUUAAACUUACCCUCAAAACUGCAUUACACUAACAUGUUCAUCAAAAACAUAUUCACAUUUCUUAAUGGUACAUUUCUUAUUCAUUUCAAUUUGAGGACUAAAUUACUAUACACACAUGUAUUCUCAGAUCCUGUGGUGUGAAAAGGUAUAUCUCAUUUGUUCUCUUAAACAACCAUUGCACAUUUUCAAAUAAUCUCAAGUGCUGUUUUUCAUAUUUUUCAAUUUUCUCAAACUAUACAUUUACAAAUCACAUUUGACAGUUAUGUAAACAACGUCAAUGCAGCAAACUUCUCAGUUACCUGGAACACAUUUAAAACUUUGUAUCUCAAACAGUACAAUAUCUGCAUAAAACUCAAUCUCUGACUGUAUUAUAAUGUAUUUUUUUUAUUACCUAUGGUAUUUGUAUCAAUUUCUCAGUAACACAAGCUUCAGUUGUUACAUAACUCAAAAUUACAUUAACGAUUUCUCAAUGUAUUAACAAUUUUCAGCAAUAUCAUGUUCAACUUGUCGGUAUAAUUUCUUAAAGUUUACAUGUAGAACUCUUGAUAAAUAGGUUUUGUAUUCAUUCAGUGCAUUACACAUUUGUCUGUUAUCUUAAUUACUAGUAGUUAAUUAUCAAAUAUCAAAUCACAAUUGAAAGGUUUACUUUGUAUAUAUUUUAACUGACAUUUUCAAAAUG